CGAGUCCAACGUGCCCAGCUCUGCAUCUUUUCAUUCUAUGAAGGUGGGGCGUGUGGAUGCGAUCAGCCAACCCCAAAGAAGAAGAAGAAGAAGAAGAAGAAGAAGAAGAAGAAGCGUUUCCCGUUGUAUUUGGUUAGCAGGCUGCAGGAGAGAGGAAGUUGAUUUUCAAAAAAUUACUGUUCAAUUGGUCUCGAGCUUGAGUCGGAACGGAUGUAAAUUUAUCAGCGUGUACUAUAUUUGACCGAUUUUCAUCCACACCUUUCCCAUCACAACAUGAGCAGUACAAGGAAGAGAAGGACUGGAGCCCCCUCAAGUUCCAGACGCACAGCCAAGAGUAGCAGAGUCACCACCACUAUGCCACUUCGUGCAGCAGCCGCUGCUGAGACCAUUGCUGUGCUGGAGAGCAGUAGGACUAGCAGUGAGGAGGUGGUGGACUUGACAUGUGAAGGUUCUGAGUCAACUGUGGUUGACUUGACCAACAAUGAUUCCAUGGUGGUUGUCGUUGAAGGGCUUCAGGGCAGACGUGGACUUGGCGGUGAGAGUUACGUGCUGAGCAGUGAUGAGGAGGGGGAUACCAAUGGGAGCCUCAGUGCUGACCUUCUAUCUUCUCUACAGGCCAGCAGUAGAGCCAGGUCUACGCCAGGUACAGUCAGCUGCCCAGUGUGUAUGGACUCCUAUGCUGAGAUCAUUGAAAGUGGCAGACUAGUGGUCUCUACAAAAUGUGGUCACCUUUUCUGCAGUCAGUGCCUCCGUGACUCACUGUCGAGAUCCCACACUUGCCCAACCUGCAGAAAGAAACUGACCCACAGGCAAUACCACCCCAUAUACAUCUGAUGCCAAACACCCAUGACUCAUCCACCCACUUGUUUCACCCUCCAAACCGGCAACACUUUGAAUCAUACCUGACUAUCACUGCCCCCUAAUGGACAAGCAUACCUUUUUGUUUACAUACACAUUCAACCGAUGUUUCUUCUACAAUGACUCUCUCAUGCCAGCAGACAUUCACCUAUAUUUAAAAAAAAAAAAAAAAAAACGUAUUCCACCUAUUCUCGUACUGCUGGUCAUUCAUUCCACAGUAAUCAGAUUGUUGUGGAUCUGCAUCACCAGUGACCACAACCAAGAAAAAACUACACUCAGAAGCUAUAUUACCUUUUGAUCAGAUACUGUUUUAAUGAAAUGCCACAUUUUAGAAUUUUAUUUUAAUUUAGCAACUUGGUCUUUUUAUUUUUAUCUUAAGUCACAUGUUGUCGAUGGAAAUAGCACAUGUGAAUUGCGCUUAAGUUGCUCUAUGCUGAAAUCGCACCACCAUUUCCUAUAUGCUAAACCUCUAAUAGUUAGCCUAAUAUUAGUUUAUAUGACAAAAUAAGCUAGUAUAGUGUAGAGAAUCAUUGUACAUAUAAACCAUUGAAAUAUAUUUUCCAUAACCAAAAAUAUUGUUUCAGCUUUUUUAAGCUUGUGUACAAAACUGGAUGUAAGACUCAAACAGAACUUAAACAUAGAAAUAGAAUUGAUAAAAGCAGUAUUAGACUUGCUUUAAAGUAGAAUAAUAGAUCUAUAACCCAAAUUUCUAUGUGAAUUUGGUCUGGUUGGCCAAAAAGUUACAUGUUGCCACAGGAGACCUAACUCUAACUCCAGUAGAAGCAUCUGAUUAUUGCUGCUGAGUAGGUGGCUGUCUGAAUGGUGGGUGUUGCUUGAAUUUGGUCAUCGACAUUGUAAAUAAUUUUGUGGAUAGAUAUAGAUAAAGGAUAAGUUAAUUUAAGGUUCAAUAAAAAUGUUGAUUGAAAGUAUUGUUUCUGGUAUCUUUGUGACAGAAACUAAGAGACCCUGAGGUAGGAGAGUGCAUUUUUGAGCACUCAUGCUAACCUGAGAGAUCUAUAAUUCCUGUCAUUUUGGAUGUACCUACUCAUUCAAGGGUUUCUUUAUUUGUACUAUUUUCUACAUUGUAGAAUAUUAGGGAAGACAUCAGAACUAUGAAAUAACUCAUGGCAUCAUGUAGAAACUGAAAGUGUUAAACAAAUCAUAAUUAUAUAUUUUAUAUUCUUCAAAGUAGCCACCCUUUGCCUUUAUGACAGCUUUGCG